CCGGCGCGCCGCCAAAGCCUUCCUCAAGCUGGGCCUGAAGCGUUUUCACGGAGUGGGGAUCAUGGGCCUGAACUCAGAGGAGUGGGUCAUCGCCAGCAUUGGGGCCAUCAUGGCAGGGGGCUUCUCUGUUGGCAUCUUGUCCUCCAGCUCCGCGAAGGCCUGCCAGGUCAUUGCCGAGAACACAGAGAUGGACUUCUUCGUGGUGGACGACAACAGGCAGCUGCAGAAGGUCCUUCAGAUCCAGGGCUCCCUGAAGCAUCUCCAGGCCAUUGUCCAGUACAAGGAGGACCUCCAGGUGAAGCAGGAGAACCUGUAUUCGUGGAAAGGUUUCCUGAACCUUGCAAAGGCCGUCCCAGAUGACACGCUGGACAAGGUCGUCGACUCCCAGAGGCCCAACCAGUGCUGUACCGUGGUGUACAGCCUGGCUUCCACGGGCCCCUCGAAGGCCGUGAUGCUGAGCCAUGACAACAUCACCUGGACCACAGCGGCCACCAUCCAGAGCCUCUGUUACAAGUGCCCUCCAGAGGGCCAGGAGGUCCUCGUGAACUACCUCCCUCUCAGCUACAUCGGGGCCCAGAUCUUCGAUAUGUGGGUGGCCAUCUCAGUGGCUGGAGCCCUCUACUUUGCCCAGCCGGACGCCCUGAAGGGCUCUCUGAUGGACACACUGCGGGAGGUGAGGCCCACCACCUUCUGCGGUGUCCCAUGGAUGUGGGACAGGAUGUAUGACGCCAUGAAGACCAGACAGCUCGACUCUAGUGGCUUCUGGAGGAUGAUCGACAAGUGGGCCAUGAGGCUUGGACUCCAGACCAACAGGAGGCGGAUGUCUGGGCACGUUCACCCCCCGCUGUGCUUCCGCCUGGCCAAGAAGCUGACCUUCGACGGCGCCAAGAAGGCCCUCGGCCUCGACCACUGCCAGCAGUUCUUCAGCAUGGGCCUGGGGCUGUCCAGAGUGACCCAGGAGUUCUUCCUCAGCCUCGACAUACCCAUCUUCCAGCUCUACGGCCUGACCGAGUGCACGGGUGUCCACACGCUCUCCAGCUACGAGGCCUUCCAGGUGCUGAGCUGCGGGAAGGGGCUCCCCGACACACACACCAAGGUGCCGGAGGAAGAUGAGAACAAAAUCGGGGAGAUCUACCUCUGGGGCCGGAACAUCUUCAUGGGCUACCUCAACAACAAGGAGGGCACGGAGAAGAAGAUGGACAGCCACGGCUGGCUGCACACCGGGGACCUGGGUUUCCUGGAUGACAGCGACUUCCUCUACGUCAUGGGCAACAUCAAGGACACCAUCACCCUUAGUUCGGGCCAGAAGAUCCACCCGACGCCCAUCGAGGAGCGGGUGAAGCUGAGCAUCCCCAUCGUGCGCUAUGCAGUGGUGGUGGGCCAGGACGCCCCCUACCUGUGCGCCCUCCUCACGCUCAAGUGCCAGAUCAAUUCCGAGACGGGGGAGCCUCGGGACGUGCUGACCAGCGAGGCCGUGGCCUUCUGCCGGAAGCUCCGCAGCCAGCCCACCCGGCUGACGGACAUCAUCCUCGACCGCGACCCGCUCGUCUCGGACUUCAUCAGCCAGAGCAUCGAGGCCAUCAACAGCGAGGCCUCCUCGGACGGCGCCAGGAUCGUCAAGUGGACCAUCCUGGACACGGACUUCUCUGUGGGCGGCGGGGAGCUGGGGGCAACCAUGAAACUGAGGCGGGCGGCCGUGACCAAGAUAUACCAAGAGGAGAUCGAGAGCUUCUACAAGGACGACUAACGGCCCUCGGGGAAGGCAUCUGGGCCCCACGCUCCGCAGGAGGAGCUGCGACGCACCCUUACCCCACACGGACCCUCUAUGGCACCCUCGAGCCCGUUCUCGGAGGGAGGGAGACCGCGCCCACCCUGGAUUGAACCCGCGUGCCCCUCCCCGGGCACACGCUCGCAGGUACUGUAAUAAAAACUGCUUUUCCAAAGGACUUGCUGGCCCCUGGGG